AUGGUACUUUUCUACACACUCAUCGCCGCUCAGAUUCGGUUCUUGCUCCAAAGCCUUGACGAGUCCAAUUCCGACUCCGUCUUCCGUGAGCUCUGUCAGUGUUUCCUGAUGCUCUUUGCAUGUAAUGUAUUUGGUGUUUCACAUGUAAGACUGUAUGAUGUUGGUGAAACUCGAAUUAUUGGGGUUCUACUGCAAUCAUUUCUAGUUGAUUUACUCAUGGGUGAUAUUUGUUUGUUGACUAUGGAUGUGAGGGAAGCAUACUGCCGCUCCAAAUGGGCCUUUCAGAGAAGUUCUGCUGUAUUAGAGUCUGCCGAGAAAAUUCAAAAUGUUAUUAUGUUUUUGGAUUGCUCGGAGGGCCUUUCAAAGCAUGUGGAUUCCUUUAUGCAAAUGCUAUAUUUGAUGGAGCCAAAGGAGAGGACUCCAUUGAUAUUCUCUCCAUUGCUUUCCCAUGAUACAGUCGAGGCCAGGAAUAUGGAUUUGUUCUACGGUUGUAGAGAAAAUGAGUUUGAUGCAAUUUUGGCGGAGAUGGUGAGUAAAACCAACAUGUUGUCUAUUAUGUCGGAGCUAGGUUAUGGAUGCACAAUUGAUGCUUCACAUUGCAAUGAGGUGUUAUCUCUUUUCUUGCCACUCACUGAAGCCACGCUAUCAAGAAUACUUGGUACAAUUGCCCACACGCAUACUGGUCUCGUGGUCAACCAAAAUUAUUGUUCAACGUUCUACACUUCUAUUGGUGGCAGUGCCACUUAUGACUAAUCAUGUCUGAGCUCUUGGAAUAUUGUUGUCUUCGUGGAUUCAAUUAAGCAACUUGUAAGUUCAAUUGAUUAUUUAGCUUUCAGUUAAUAGUACCAUCUUCAUCCCUCAACAACGUGACUAGGCAAUAUUGGUUUCUCACCAAGACAUUGAUGUUUCUGACAUUAGGCUCCUGAUGCCAACUGGAUGCACGUUACGGAGAAUCUGGACCAUGAGGGUUUUUACCUUCCUAAUGGCCACACAUUUUCCCUUUUCAUGUCCAUUUAUCAUCGUGCAUCUCAGGUAUUAUGUUCGCGUCUGUAUUGGACAUUGCAAUUUUACUUCUUGCGGAGCUAAGAUGUAAUCAAUACAAAAUGAAAUAUGCAGGAACCCUUUCCGCUGCAUGCCUUA